AUGCAAAGAAAGGCAGAAAAAUUUAUUGUUGUUGGAAAAUUUAUUUUUGUUAUUGUUAUUAUUGUUUUUAUUGCUGUUGGUUUGAAACAAUCUGCUGUUAUUGUUGUUGUUAUCGUUGUUACUGUUGUUAAUGUUGCUAUUGUUGCUAUUGUUACUAUUGUUGCUAUUGUUGUUGUCAUUGUUGUUGUUGUCAUUGUCAUUGUUGUUGUUAUUGUUGCUACUACUGUUAUUGCUAUUGUUAUUGUUGUUGUCAUUGUCGUUGUCGUCGUUGUCAUUGUUGUUGUUGUUUCUAUUUUUAUUGUUGUUAUUGUUGCUAUUGUUGCUGUCGGUGUUAUUGUUAUUAUUGUUAUUGUUGUUGUAGAGCAAUUGUAA